AUGAAGUCGAGCUCUUGCUCCAUUUGUGGCUCCACGCAGACUACAAUUCUAGAUGGUUUGAUGUAUUGUGCGUCUUGCGGGACCCAAAUAUUUGAUUUUCGAGAGGUGGAGGCAGACGAAGAGGGACUUGUUGCCGGUUCUGCAAGGGUUAAGACAAAGAAAUCUCAUGAAGUUCGCGACAAAUCGAAAACGAGUUCUUCAGGGCCACAUUUGUCUACAUCUUCAGGUCAUAAGCGACGCAAGGGUGAAAAGCUCGAAGGUUAUUGUUCCACGCCAUCCACAUCUACAAACCGCUCUGAACUAGCAAAAGACUACACGACUGGUAGAAACUAUGCGCCUGCAUAUUUGCGGACCAUUGGCCGAAGGAUCUCCACGUUUACAAAAAUACUUGCGAAAGGUGCUGCGAUGAUAAGUCAAGAACAAGCUGUUCCCAGUGGCUUCUGUGACAACGAUAUCGAGCCAACCUCAUCUGCAACGCCUGCAAAGCAGUCCCAAUUGGUGAACGUCAUAGACACGAAUAUUCCUAAGGAAACCUUGAGAAAUGCAGCAUCGCUCUUUCUAUCACUGGACUUGCUCGCGGCUCUCCUUUACAUAUCCACUGUAACGAUAGGAUGCGGAUGGAUAAUGCUAUCGGAUAUCAUAAGGUGGCAGUAUUGA